AACGAUAUUAUCAAGCAGAUUCCUAUAAAAAGACAAACUUUGUUGUUCUCCGCUACCAUGCCUAAAGCUUUAGCAGAUUUUACUCAAGCAGGUUUAAAGGAUCCCGUUCUAGUUAGACUCGAUUUGGAAACAAAAUUAAGUGAAAAUCUCCAACUUUCUUUUAUAAAAGUAAGAAGUGAGGAUAAACUCGCUCACUUGUUGUAUUUACUUUCGAUCAAGGUCAAAGCAGAUGCUCCAACUUUGGUGUUUGUUGCGACGAGGCAUCACGUGGAACUUCUAAAGGAAAUUCUUGUUCGGAAUGGCCACUGUUGUUCGUACCUUUACGGAUCUCUCGAUCCCAUUGAAAGAAAAAUUCAAGCCGCCAAUUUUCGGGAGGGCAAAACCAAUGUUCUUGUCGUUACUGAUGUCGCUGCAAGGGGGAUCGACAUUCCCCUUCUCGAAUGCGUGAUUCACUAUCACUUUCCUGCUACUCCCAAGCUCUUUGUGCAUCGGUCAGGUCGCGUGGCUCGGGCAGGCCGUCACGGUACUGCUUAUGCAUUGGUUGCUCCGGAUGAACUGCCUUAUAUGCUUGACCUUCACCUCUAUCUCGGCCGUCCAAUCGCUUCUACCAGCGCUAGCGAGACCCCAGAUGCGAAUUUUUUUUGGUGUGUUUCAGAAGGAAUUCUGGAGCCCUUUCGCGAGUGUUAUUCCGACCUUCAUUCGCGCAGUACCGAUGUGCAAUCUCUUUUUCGAGUCUGUCAAAAUGCCAUGCAGAUGUACCUCCGUUCUCGGCAGAAACCCUCAACUGAGUCAGUGCGCCGCGCUAAAGAACUUCUUGAACAGAAUUUUGGGGCCCACCCGGACUUCUCCUCCGCUCAGGACACGACUCGCGAAACUUUUUUGGCUCAAGUGAAAAACUUUCGGCCGUCUCAAACCAUUUUUGAGUAUAAAAAAAUCAAGCACCCCUCAAACGAACUGCUGGACUUGAUGAAGCUGAAGCGCAAGCAACAUGACGCUUCUAUUCAGAGGCGAAAGCGGGAAAGAACCGCUGGCAAAGAUACGGUGCAACCUCCCAGCGACGGGCGCGAGAAGCCGGCUUGCGAGCUGAAUAUAGUGAUAAACGUGCCAAAGUCCAAAAGCGAGCGAAGCGAAUUUUUCAUUCCGUAUCGCCCAUCUAAUUAUUAUCAAGAAAAAGGAUUGCGCUCAUCGGAAUGCUUUCAGUCUUCCGUCUGCAGUCAGAUUCUCGACUUGACUCAAGACGAAGUUGAGCAGCAUGAAAAACCCAACAACUUUAAAAAAUGGGACAGAAAAAAGAAAAAGUUCGUUGGUGUUGAAGAAGACAAGAAAAAAAAACGAAUCAAGAACGAGGCGGGAGUCUGGAUCAGCGCUUCUUAUAAUACGCACAAAUACAAAGAAUGGAAGGAGAAGCACAAUAUCGGUCAUUCCGGAGAAGUUUUGGACCAUUCUCCCCACGUGUCCCCACAUGGCCGCCGCAAUAACCUUUCGAGGGUUGGUUGUAAAGGAGUGCGUGCCAGGAAUGAGCUCAAAACGAAGGAGGUUAUAUUAAAAGAAAGGCGCAGAAAAGAAAAAAUCCGGAACCACAUUAAGAAAGUUCGGGGAAAAAAAUUAAGGCUGAAGAAGAAAUAAGGAAUGAAUUCUACGAACCAGUACGUAUUCUUUAGGGUCUUACAAGGAAUAAACUA